AUGCUCAACUGUCACCCUGUUGCUACUCCUGUUGACACGAAGGCCAAUGUUUCUGCUCUCGAGGACUCGCCAGUGUCGGAUGCUCCGUUCUACUGGUCCAUUGUUGGUGCUCUUCAAGAUCUGAAUCUCACCCGACCGGAUCUACAGUAUGCUGUUCAGCAGGUGUGUCUCCAUAUGCACGCCCCUCGUGACUCCCAUUGGACCCUCGUGAAGCGGAUCCUCCGUUACAUUCACGGCACGAUGGCUCUUGGGCUCACCCUCACGGCGUCCGCUUCUCUGGAGAUGCUGGCCUACUCCGACGCGGACUGGGCUGGCUGCCCUGACACCCGUCGGUCCACCUCUGGCUACUGCGGUUACCUCGGUCCUUCACUCGUCUCGUGA